AUGGCUUUCCACUCUGUAUUUCUGGUUUUCUUAGCUGGCCUGGCACUUUGCUCCGAAGCUGCACCAUCGGUAAGUGACACUCUUGAUGCCAAGCAUCCUCUUUUCGUAAAAGUUGUGGACUCAGUCCGAGGAAGUCCAGCUCCAAAUGUUCCAGUUAAACUAUAUAAAGAAACUGCAGAUGGAUCUUGGGAACUGUUAAAUUUAAAACAAACCAAUGACAAAGGAGGCCUCCCAGAGCUUACAACUAAAGAACAAUUUGUAGCAGGGUUAUACAAGCUUGAGCUUGAUACAGCCUCUUACUGGAAGAGUCUGGGCUUGAAUCCGUUCCACCACCAUGCUGAUGUGGUGUUCACAGCUAACGAUGCUGGUAAUCGGCAUUACAAGAUUGUUGUUGUCCUUAGUCCCUUCUCUUACUCAACUACAGCAGUGGUCAGCGAGCCAGUGGAAUAGAAGAUGACAAUAAACAAGAAAAAUCAGUUGUAAAAAUUAAAAUUUCCAUAAAUGAUAAGGACUUAAUAUCUGACUGUAUCAACAGCUUUAGAUUUCAUCGUAAGUCACUAGCAGUAAGAUUUUUAUUCACUUUGUUACCUUUAGGAAGAAAGUGUAUUGACUUUGUUUUCAAAUACUCUUCUGAAUAAAAGUAUUCUGCAUUUCUGUAUUGUCAGCAUUGCCCUUCUGAGUAAAAGUUUAGUAUUUGGAAAAAACACAUUACCUUAGGAAAAAAUAUAUUGAAAUUCCAUUAUGGGGACUCUGAGAAUAAACCAAAGUCUUCCAUGAAGUAGAUAUACUAAAUUUCUUCUUGCAAAGGAAUUGAACAAAACACAUCUGUGAAAAGUGUCUCACGAAAAGUAAGCAGUAAGAAAAUACAAUCCACCACUACCAUCUCCUGUUUUAUUAAUGAAACCCACAACAGAUGAAGUCCAUGAGACUACUUACUCAGGGCCCCACAUAAUUAUAAGAUAAACUCACCUCUCAAUUCUGAUUUUGAAGACUCAGAAGUGAAAACAGGUAAAACUGAAGUGUGGUAGAACAGCAUCCAAAGAUGCUAAGCAGGCUACACAUACCUAAAAUGCCUUCUUUCUUGUUUUCCAAUAUAUCAUAACUAGUGUCACUUCCAAGGACAGACAAGAAGCCUGUGUUUUGGAAAAGUAUAUAGCUCAAACAUGCCUGAAGAAGCUUAUUUAGGUAUUUGCAGAAAAUUCUGCAAAUAUUGGCCCCAGUUAAAGUACUCCUCAGAAUCACUUGCAUACCUCAAUCCAUCAGACACUUCUGCAAUAGCUGUAAAAUGCAAAUAAAAAUAAGGAUAACUGAUGAAUCCUGAGAAUAUCAGUUUCCUAUUUAAUGCUAGGAGAAAUAUGG